AUGGCAAAGACACCGAAAUUAAAAACUACAUCCAAGUCACUGCAUUCCCGCGCCGCCAGACGGGCAGCCUCCCCAAGUCUCGACCUCGACAAGUCUUUAACCUCUGCUCCCCGGGUUGAGGAAAAUGAAAUCCAGCGUCCUUCCCUCCUGUCCGAUCGCGCAAAUGCAGGAGUAUCCAAGAAGCAAGCAAAGGCAAAACCGAAGUCAAGAUCUCAAAAGCUAAGGCAGAAGAAAGGCAUGGAAAGAGCAGAGAUGGUUAUGGAUCAGCUUGAAAUUAAAAUCGCCAAAAGUGUUAACAGGGGAAAGACAGUUAAAUCCCGUAGGGUCGAUUGGGAUGAUUUAAACCGCAAAUCGGGUAGCAUGUUUGCAGCUCUUCAAAUGAACACUGGAGAUGAAGACGACCAUGACGAUGAUGUAGCUGUCGAGGAUGCUAUGGCCGAUGAUACUAUGGCAGCUGGGUCAAAUAAAAAGCCGGUGGUGCUAGGGCCAAUUCCUUCACACCAGGCUGCUCAGAAUCUCGCGGUAAAUCAACAUGCAGACAUUGAAGUUGAGGAUGAAAUUACUUGA